CUCAAAUAUGAUCUGGUUCUCCUUGCUAUAUAAAAGAGAAAAAUAAACACAGAGAUCCUCGGUUAAUUUCUAAACCGGAAAUCUCAGACAAGUUGUGUAAUUACAUAAACACCCUUAUGAAAAAUUUGGUGGGAAACUUUUCAAUUUUUUUUGUUCUUUUGUCAUAGCUGCUUUCUUCCAUAAAGCUAAGCUGGCUCACCGGUGCACAACUUAGCAGAACAAACAUUUAUAAACAGAGGAACACAAAAGGAGAGAGUUGUGCAGAGAAUAGUAGUUUUUGGCUAUUCUCCGUAACUUUGUUCACAACAUACGGGAGAAAAUAAACAAAAGCAGAUACAAGGAUCUUGGAACGGAAACUCAUAUAUAUAAAGAAAUGAAAAAGAGUAAGACUUUGAUUUUGAUAACAAAGACAAGAUACACGAUCUUUUAAAUUGUGUCCGAGAAGACAAAAAAAAAAAUGAAGGAAGAAGAAGAAGAAGAAAAAGCAUGAGCUCUGUUUUUGCUUAUUUAACCUCACCAAGGCGCAUGUUAGCUAAAACCACAGUAAUGUACACCUUCCUUCACGCUAUUCAGAAUGUGACGCCGUUCGUACAACCCACAUAUUGCAUCUUCUUCUCUCUCUCCAACUCUGCCACGCUUUCUCUCUCUAAAUUUUUCUCUCACCCAGAAAUUAAAAAAAAAAACAAUUCUUUCUCAGUUUUUGUUAUCCAAAUCAUAAGAAAGGACUCUUUUUUCUUUAUAAAAAUUUGAUCUUUCUGAAAACUGAAGAUAGAGAUAGAGCGAGAGAAGUUAGGAACGUCUCUUCUUCUCUCCCUUCCUCCAUACAAAUAAAAUAAAAACUGCAAAGUUUGCGACUUUCCUUGUCAGAGAAGACGAUCGACUUUCUCUUGAUUCUUACUCGUGACAUCGGAGAGGUAGGUUAGGGUUCGCGGAACGAUUUGGGAAGCUUGAUGCUCUGAUUGUUGUUUCUGAGAAGAAGAAGGAAGAUGAUUAUCAAACGGGAACUUAAAACCCAGAUGAUACCGAGUUUGAAACGGUGCAGACUCAGUAACUCGGUGAGUCACUCCACGAAGAAGAGGAAGUCCAACUUGGGAGGUUACUACUACCCUCUCAGCCUUCUCGGAGAUAUCUCCUCCGGGAUCGUUCCAGGCGGAGGUCCGAAUGGUUUCUCUACGAGGGAGGCUCCGUCUGGAGUCUCCCGUCCACCGCUUGUUCCGACAUCUAGGGGGAGAAUCCGUAUGCUUCCUUCUCGGUUCAACGACUCGGUGCUCGACAACUGGAGGAAAGAUGGCAAGAACGGCAGAGAGGGUGAAGUUGAACGCAGGAAGGAGAAAGCUAGUAGUAGUUUGAAAAGCAAGCAACUUGAGGCUCGUGCUUGUGUUGUUGUCAGAGAGAGGGAAGACGAAAGGGUUCAGAGAGAAGGUUUUUAUGGGCCUGAGAACUUUUAUUCAGGCGACUUGGUUUGGGCUAAGUCUGGAAGAUCUGAGCCUUUCUGGCCAGCUAUUGUUAUUGAUCCGAUGGUACAAGCGCCAGAGCUUGUCUUGCGUUCUUGUAUACCUGAUUCAGCCUGCGUUGUCUUCUUUGGUCACUCUGGGAACGAGAGUGAAAGGGAUUAUGCAUGGGUGAGGAGAGGGAUGAUCUUCCCUUUUCUGGAUUAUGUUGCCAGGUUCCAGGAACAGUCUGAGCUGCAGGGAUGCAGCCCUGGGAGGUUUCAGAUGGCUUUGGAGGAAGCAUUUUUGGCAGAUCAGGGAUUCAUGGAGAAGUUGAUGGAUGAUAUUCACACGGCUGCUGGUAACUCGAGUUUUGACGAUUCUUCUUUGCAGGAGUUAAAGAAUUACAGAAAUCCACUAGCCUGUGCAGGAUGUGAAACAGUCAUUUCUUUUGAGAUGGCUAAAAAAAUGAAAGCUCUGACUCCCGGUGAUCAAUUGUUGUGUAAACCAUGCUCAAGGGUGAAAAAGUCAAAACACAAUUGUGGUAUAUGCAAGAGGAUAGGGAAUCAUUUGGACAGGCAAACCUGGGUGAAAUGUGAUGGUUGUAAAGUUUGGGUACACGUAGAGUGUGACAAAACAUCAGAUAAACAUUUGAAGGGUUUGGGAGAAACAGAUUACUACUGUCCUACUUGCAGAGCUAAAUUCAACUUUGAGCUAUCAGAUUCAGAAAAACCAAAGUUAAAACUUGGAAAAGGCGAUGGUGGGAUGGUUCUUCCUGACAAGGUUAUUGUGGUAUGCUCUGGAGUUGAAGGAAUCUAUUUCCCAAGUCUCCAUCUAAUCGUAUGUAAGUGUGGCUCAUGUGGACCUCAAAAGAAAGCACUUAGUGAAUGGGAAAGGCAUACUGGAUCGAAAGUAAGAAAUUGGAAGACGAGUGUGAAAGUCAAAAGCUCAAAGCUGCCGCUAGAAGAAUGGAUGAUGAAGUUAGGAGAGUUGCAUGCAAAUGCUACAGCAGCUAAUGUUCCUAAACGACCUUCCAUAAAGCAGAGAAAGCAGAAGUUGCGUGCUUUUCUGUCAGAGAGGUAUGAACCGGUCAAUGCGAAAUGGACAACAGAACGAUGUGCUGUUUGUAGAUGGGUUGAAGACUGGGACUACAACAAGAUUAUUAUCUGCAACAGAUGCCAAAUAGCAGUGCAUCAAGAAUGCUAUGGGGCUACAAAUAUUCAUGAUUUCACCUCAUGGGUCUGUAAAGCAUGCCAGAAGCCAAGUAUUAAGCGGGAUUGCUGCCUCUGCCCUGUAAAAGGAGGUGCACUAAAGCCAACUGAUGUGGAAACACUGUGGGUUCAUGUGACGUGUGCUUGGUUUCAGCCUGAAGUAUGUUUUGCAAGUGAUGAAAAAAUGGAACCAGCUGUUGGGAUUUUGAGUAUUCCAUCUAGUAAUUUUGUCAAGAUAUGUGUGAUAUGCAAACAAAUACAUGGCUCGUGCACUCAGUGCUGCAAGUGCUCUACGUAUUAUCACGCUAUGUGUGCCUCCCGAGCUGGUUAUAGAAUGGAGUUGCACAGCUUGGAGAAAAAUGGUCGGCAGAUAACAAAAAUGCUAUCCUACUGUGCUUAUCACAGGGCUCCAGACCCAGAUACUGUGUUAAUUAUGCAAACUUCUAAAGAUGUCUUCUCUGCAAAAGGUCUUGUCCAAAACAAGAAGCAAGGCGGUUCCAGGCUCAUUUCAUCAAUCAGAAGAGACGAUAAAGAGUCACCCGCAGAGGAUACCGUUACAUGUGAUCCGUUUUCUGCUGCUCGUUGUCGAGUAUAUAGAAGAAAUACCAAUACCAAGAAGAGGAGUGAAGAAGAAGCUAUCCCUCACCACACAAGGGGACCAAGCCAUCAUCCAUCAGCAGCAAUCCGAACUCUAAACACUUUCAGGCAUGUCCCGGAGGAACCCAAAUCGUUUUCAUCUUUCAGAGAACGACUUCGCCACUUGCAGAGGACAGAAAUGGAUAGGGUCUGCUUUGGGAGAUCUGGAAUACAUGGAUGGGGUCUUUUUGCUAAAAGAAUUAUCCAAGAUGGAGAAAUGGUUAUUGAAUACAGAGGGGAACAAGUGAGAGGCAGCAUUGCAGACUUGAGAGAAGCGCGUUACCGCAGAGAAGGGAAGGAUUGCUAUCUGUUCAAGAUCAGUGAGGAAGUAGUUGUUGAUGCUACAGAUAAAGGGAAUAUAGCUCGGCUGAUCAACCAUUCGUGUACGCCAAAUUGCUAUGCAAGGAUAAUGAGCGUAGGAGAUGGGGAAAGCAGGAUAGUUCUGAUCGCCAAGGCCAAUAUAGCUGUGGGAGAGGAGUUAACGUAGACUACAGAUUUAUAUUAUAGUAUGAUUACUUAUUUGAUCCAGACGAGCCAGAGGAAUUCAAGGUGCCAUGUCUAUGUAAAGCUCCCAACUGCAGGAAAUUCAUGAAUUAGAUUAGAUAAGGUGCACAUGAUACAACAUGAAGAAGAAGAUAAAGAAGCCAAGCAAUAUUCUCCUUUUUUUUAUAUAUAUAUUGCUCAAGAAACGAUAUAGUUUAUAGGUAGUGAGCUAAUAAGUGACCCAACUCUAUAUCCCUUUUCUGGCUCUCUGUAUAGACAACUUGUUAGUUUCAGGAAGAAUCCAGUUUUAAUUAUUCUUGUCAAUGAUGCAUCUUCCUGAGCCUCA